AUGGUACGUAAGUUAUUAAUUAAGAGGCGUAAUGUGGAAUACGUUUUACAAUACGGCAAUGUUACGCCUUUUAUGUGGUAUAAGGGCAGGUACAGAUGUUUCUAUUGCUCCGAGCCGAUGAAAGAUCCUGAUUUGUUGAGGGAUCAUACCGCCAAAGUGCAUCAGUUCGCCAACCUAGAACUAGUCGUUUACGACAGGACCAAAAACAACAGGAACAGGGACGCGGCAGUUAAAAUAGACGUCACUGGAAUCUCCUGUAAGUUGUGUUCAAAGUCUGUGGACGAUCUGGAACAACUCAUACAUCACUUGAUCAUAGCGCACGACGCGGAAUACGACGUCAGUGUGCCGAACUGUUUACUACCCUUCAAAUUGGACAAGGAGCAACCAACGUGCCCAAUUUGCAAUAUGAAAUUCGUUUUCUUCGAAUAUUUGCUCCGGCACUCCAAUAAGCAUCACCUUUCACACGACUAUAUUUGUGAUGUCUGUGGUACCAGCUUCCAAGGCGAGAAUCAUCUGAAAAUGCACAACCGUUAUUACCAUAGAGAAGGGGGGUAUACUUGCGAACAUUGUGGUAUUACCCUAGCCACAUUAUCCAAGAAGAUACUCCACGAGAAAAACGUUCACAUGGUCAAUUUAUCAACGUGUCCCCAUUGCCCGGAGACAUUCAAGAGUCCGUAUUUCAAAAAGUUGCAUCUAGCAAACGUGCACGGUGUCGAAGAGUUGAAGAUCAAAUGUCCUUAUUGUCCGAAAGUCUAUCCCCAAGAGAGUAUAAUGUCCCGCCACAUGAGACGGGUACAUCUAAGAGAGAAGAACGUUGAAUGCGAAAUUUGUGGUGACAGAUUCUUCGGUCCUUAUGACGUAAAAUUGCAUAUGCUCAAACACAACGGCGACAAGAAGUUCGUUUGCGCGGUAUGCGGCAAAAAGUUUUCCAAAAAGAACAAUUUGAACACCCAUUCGAUCAUACAUACUGGGAGAAAGAAAUAUUCCUGCAAUGUGUGCAAUAAAGAGUUCGCACAUCAACCGAAUUUAAAGAUGCAUUACAAAACAAGACAUUCGCAGGACGAGGCUAAAAAUAUGGAACAAACUGUAGACAUCAUUGAUGAAUUAGAUGAGGGUGAAAUUGUACAAAUGGAGUUUGUUAGAGACGAAUUAGAGGGAGCCGAGUUAACGGGAGAAUACAUACAUUGA